CCAAUCCAAUCAAUUUCUCUCUGGGUCCGUCUGGGAUCUAAAACCCUAACCAGCUGAGCUCCCCCUUUUACCCUUCCUUCCGUAACCCCUGACCUCCUCCUCUGCAACGACCGAAAUCGAUUGAAGAUGCAGCACGACGAGGUUAUAUGGCAGGUUAUCCGCCACAAGCACUGCAGCUACAUGUCCAAAAUUGAAACUGGGAUUUUCUGUAGAAACCCCUAUAACGUUACCGGGAUUUGUAACCGGAGCUCCUGCCCUCUAGCUAAUAGUCGUUACGCCACCAUUCGCGACCAUGACGGAGUCUUCUAUCUUUAUAUGAAAACUAUAGAGAGAGCUCAUAUGCCGAACAAAUUAUGGGAAAGAGUUAAGUUGCCGCGGAAUUAUGAGAAAGCACUUGAAAUUAUUGACAAGCAUCUGAUGUAUUGGCCUAAGUUUCUCGUGCACAAAACAAAGCAACGGCUAACUAAAAUGACUCAGAUGCGGAUACGCAUGAGGAAGCUUGCUUUGAAAACAAGGGAGAAAAUAAUGACAACACCAAGGAAACAGAUAAAGAGAGAGGCUAGAAGAGAGGAAAAGGCUGAAAGAGCUGCACUAUUGGACCAGAGCAUUGAGAAAGAACUAUUAGAACGCCUUAACAAAAAUGUUUAUGGAGAUAUAUACAACUAUCCCUUUAAACAAUACCAAAAAGUUCUUGAUGGGGCAGAGGUAGAGACUGAAAGGGAAGAAGAAGAGGAGGAGGAGCAGGAACCUGAGAUAGAAUAUGUUGAAGGCUAUGAUGAACUUGAAGAGGAAGAUGAUAUAGAAGAUUUUGCUGGUCUUGCAAUGGACAAUUCGCAUGCAGAUGACGAUAAUGUUGGAAGCGAUGAAGAGGCAGUAGUUGCUCGCAAGAGAGGGCGAAAGGAAUCUGCCUUUUCUUCUAAAAAGUUUGAGAAAGAUGAACCUGCUGUCAAAUCGAAGAAAAAGCCGAGGGUGCUUGUUGAGGUGGAGCAUGAAGAUACUGGUGCUAGGCAAAAAGCAGUCCAGUGAGAGCUACUUAUUUCGUUAUUUGAUCUGUAAAAGACAUGGUUGCAAUGCUCUUCUGCUUGUUUGGUUGGUUGUCGGUUCGUCACAAAGCUUCCCGCGCAAAGAAGAAACUUGCUAAAGGAGACCAAGUUUCAAAGAUUUUGCUAGCUCGGUAUGUUGAUUAUCGUAGAUUGUACUGCUAGCAGAUUAAUCUAUAAAUUAAGUCACAGAUUGUACUGCUAGCUUUGGUGUCUUGUGUCUUUUCAGUGAGGAUCUAGUUAGAGUUGGUAGGCGGCCAAGGGAUAUUUGUUAUUGUUAGUCCUUUGGCCUUCUGGGUUGUAAACGUCUUCUGAAACAAAGAAAUACAAUUUUGUUCGAAGGAUUUUAUUUUGUUUAUGAA